CCGGCGGUGGCGGCGGCUUGGGGGCCGGAGGGCUGCCGCAGGAGCGGCAGUUGGGGGCCAAGGGCUUGCAGGUGGGGGGCGGCGGUGGCGGCGGUGCUGGAGUGGUGGGGGAGGGCGGGUGGCUGCUGCAUGGACUGCGUGCGACGGCGGCGCAGCAGCAGCAUGGGGAGGGCGUUGACCCCGAGGAGGAGCAGCGGAGCGGCGGAGCAGCCGGCGGCGCGGCGCCCCAACGAGGCCAGCAGCAGCAGCAACUCAUACGCGACAGGACCCUAGUCGGCAGCGGCGGCGGCGGUGGCGCCAUUAUGGAGACCCUGCUGCCAUCCUUGCCAAUCAUGGUCAAGCAAGAGACUGGCGCCGAGCUCCAGCUCGAUCCCGCAUCCGGCCUCGGCGUUGCAAGUGCAGCGCGGCAGCAGCUCCGGCGGGGCACAGGCGUCGCUGUGUCGGCGCUUGGCCGCUCCGGGCAGCAGCAACAGAACCCCCCGCAACACCGAACCAGCCAGGCAGCAGGCCCGCUGCUGUCGCUGCGAGGCAAUGGACUGGCCGGAGCUGCUGCUGCUGCUGGCGGCGGCGGUGGGAGUGGGAGUGGAGAAGGAGGAGGAAGAGGGGUUGUUAUCGGUCCCCGCGGUGCUGUUCCGUCACUGGACCGUAUGGGGCUCCUGGCAGCGGCCGGCGGCUUCCUGGGGCUCGCAGCGGAGGGUGGAGGCGGUGGUAGGGGCGCAGCGCCGGUGCAGGUUGAGGGGUUGCUUGGCGGUGCCCCCGACGGGAACAGCGGCGGUGGCGGCAGCCUCCCCGGGCUUGGGAGCGGCGAUGUCAGCAUCAUCGCGGGCAGUGCUCGGGCUCUGCAUCUGGACACAACUUCUUACUCCUUGCAGCUGCCUCAGGGCAAGCAGGGCCGCCAGUUGACUGUGGCAGGCGGCGGCUCUGGUAGCGGUGGCGGUGGCGGUGGUGCUGCUGCUGAAGGCCAGGGGUAUGGGCUGGCGGAUUCGGCGGGUCGUGGCGGCAACGACGCUGAUAACAACAUGGACAGGACCAAGAACAACAACGGCUCCGCAGGCGGUUCCGGUUCCGGUGGUGUUUGCAUUGGUGGUGGAGCGCCUUCUGCCAUUGCACGGCUGCUGUCACAGCUGCCCAUCGGGCAGCAGCUCGACUUCCUGCAGCAGCUGCCGCAUGAGGAGAUGGCGGAACUGCUGCCGCAGCUGCCGUUGUCGCAGCAGGUGGAGUUGCUGAAGGAGCUGCAGAAUGAGCGACGCGCGCGUACGGCAGUGGCUGCGGCAGUUGCGGUGGCAGCUGCGCAACAGGAUCUGCAGCAGCAGGAGCAACAGCAGCAACAGCAGCAACAGCAGCGGCUACGCCAGACGUUGGACCUGCAGCAGCAGUCGCAGAUGCUUCAGCUUCCUACCAGCGCUACCCAACAGCAGCUGCUGCUACAGCAGCAACAGCGGCUAUUGGUGAUGAAGGGCGGAGAUGGCCUGGGAGAUGCUGGCAAUAGGGACAGCACCGGUCAGGGUAGCAGUGGAGGCGGUGUCGGAAUCAGCUUGGCGCUUGAUUUGGGUCAGGGGCAAGGACUGGGGUCCGGAGGUUCCGGCACUGCCGCCGUCCUGUCGCGUCUGGCUGGGCUAGCUUCGGGGGCUGCACCGCCACGGGGACACUCCACGCUUGCUUCCCUGGUUGUUAGCCAGCAACUCCAACAACAGCAACAACAACAGCAGUUGACGCGAAUGCAGCGGCAGCCGCAGCAGCAGGCUGGUAAACCUGAGCAGGCAUCGCCGGCGCUUAGCAGCAUGCAGCAGCAGCAGCCAACAACCCAGCCUCCUCCACAGCGUCAGCUACAGCUGUCGCAGCAGCUGUCAUUACAGCAGCAGCAGCAACAACAACAAGGCAGCAACCAAAUGUCUUGGCUGCCGCCUUCUCUUCUUUCCCUGCCUCAGCAAGGACAUCAGCAGUUACAGCAGCGCCUGCAGCAGCUACAGCAGCAGCAACAGCAGCAGCUGGCGGAGGACGAGCCUGCAGCGAGCAGCGCUGUGGGCGUGGGGCCGCUGAACCUGACCUCCCUGGUGCAGGCGGGUGUGAGCACACGACUGCAGCGGCUGCCGGACGGCACAACGCAGGUCGUGUUGGAGCUGCCGGGGCCGCCCGCAGCGGCAGCAGCAGCAGCGGGCACGGCGGCAGCGACGGAUGCGGCGAUGACAAGUAGUGCAGCGCCGCAAGCGUCCGUGGCCAGCCUUGUGCGAUUGCAGCAGCAGCUGUUGCUGCAGGAGCAGCGGUCGCAGACAGCGCCACUCGGCACGGGACCCGGCGGCGGCGGGGCCCCAGUCGGCGCAGGCGACGCUGCUGCCGCUGUCGGCGCCCCGGCGUCGGACGGCUGCACUGGCCUCCUCUUACCGCCUGUCAACGGCACCGUGCUGCGGACACUGACCCGUGGGUCUGCUGGUGCCGGGGCGGGGUCGGGUGCUGCUGCUCAGGGGCCCACACGGAGCGGUACGGCGCUUGGGGCUGCGGCCGACGGCCGUGGUAAUGGCGGCGGCGGCGCGCAGGCCGCUGCAGCACCCGCGGCUCCCUCCUCCUCCUCAGCGGCUGUCACUGGCGGCGGCGGCAAUGGCGGCUCCUCAGCCGGCCUGCUGGAGUACCGCUGCGAGGAGGCUCUGGAGCGGCUGAGUGUGAAGCUGCACGGGGUACGGCCCGAGCAGCUGGCGCCCGAUGUGGCGAAGCGCAUGCGCGCCUGGCUGCAGGGCAUGGAUGCGGUCACGUUGCAGGGCACACUGCGCUCCGGCUGCGUCAACCUCGUGCUGGACGUGAGCCGCAACCUCCGCAGCACCAGCAGCAGCAGCGAAUGGCUUGGCAGCUCUUUAGUAAGGCCAAUCAAGCGGCCAACGGCUCAUGCCUCGUCUCGCAGCGCUCCCGAGGGGAGGAGGCAUGGCAGCGGCUGCUGCGCAGGCCAGGUGGUAGCACCGGAGGAAGGGUCAGCGAAGGCGGUGGCGGCGGCGGCGGCGGAGGAGUGGGCUCAUGCUGCGGUUGCAGCAGCAGCAGCAGCUAGGGAGCCGGAGCAGCUGCCGGGGGCAGCUGUGGGUGCGGAGAGCGCUGCUGCUACCGAAGCGGAGGCAUUGCCAACCUCCGAGGGCAUGAGCAAGGGUGCGCAUGCGGAUAUGGAUGCAGUUGGGGCUGCACGCGUAGCCUCGGAUUUGGACGCGAACGCAGGCGAUGAUGCGGAUCGCAUGGCAGCAGCAGCAGUGGCGGCGGCUCUGGGUAUAGAAGUGGGGCCGGGUAGCGGAGCGGAUUGCGCUGCUGUCGCGGCUGCGGCUGCGGCACGAGGUGUCCGUGUAAUGGUGCAAGUGGGGUGUCGGGUGGUGUACCCGCCGGCGGGGCAGCAGCAGGCGGGGCAGCGGCAUUCUCGGCAGCGCUUGCCGGAGGUGCAUGAGCUGGCUCCUCUAGCGGUGGUGCGAGGUGAGCCCGCCGUGCUGCACAUGUCGGGUCGCGCUCUGGCGGACCCCGCUGCGCGCCUGCACGCCCGCCUCAACGGCCGCCGUGUUCACGUGCUGGUGCAGUCGGAGCACGAACUCGCCCAAGCGACCCAUGGGUCAGUCCACCAGGGCCAAGAUGCACACGCGAUGGCCUUGGUUUGCGCAGAGGCUUCCACCCCGGCCGGCAAUAGCAGCAGCAGCUGCCGUUGUUUCAUUGGAAGCAACAGCAGCUGCCAGGACGGCUGUCGUGGUUGUCAGGACACUGGAGUGAGCAUCGCCUCUGGCAACAGCGAUGGAACAGGCUGCUGCGAACACAUGGACGAUCACAAGGACGGGCCUGCUUUGCCUUCCCAACCGGCAUCGCCGCCACCAGCAGCAGCAGCAGCAGCGGACCAAGAGGAAGAGGAGGAGCAGCAGCGGCAGGAGGAGGAGGAGGAGCCCAGCAGCCCGGUGUUUGUGUUUCUUGAGGAGUCCCCGCCCGAGGUUGGGCUGGCCGUGCUGGAGUGGGAGGGCGGUGACGGCAGCGGCGUGCUGGGCGCCUGGUGGCCGCUGCUGGUCGCACCGUGCGGGCAGGUGGCGGCGGAGGUGAAUGCGCUGGCCGCGGAGGAGGGGAAGGAGAAGGGGGCGGAGGAGGAGGAGGAAGGGCUGCUGGGGGAGCAGGAGGAGGGUGGGGCUGGCGAGGCGCCCUGGUUGCAUGCGCUGCUUACUGAUCUGGGGCUUGUGCUCGACGCGGUGUACAACAACACCCCCCCAGCCAACCCGGGGCCACCCAACGCCGCCAGCAACACGGAGGCCUCGGGUUUGGAGCCGGAUGUGCUCGCCAGCCUCACUCGGCGGGCUGAGAGGCUGCUGCCCUUCUGCCUGGCACGGUCUAUGCCGCGCACGGCGGCUGCGGUGGCCCGCUUCCUAACCGUCGUUGCACAGCUGCCCCUGCCUGAGCCCCACGCUGCUGCCCUGCAGCGGCUGCUGCAGCAGCAGCAGCAACAACCCCCGCAGACUCAGCAGCAACCCCCUCGCCAGCUACACACUGAGCCUACCCAACCACACCCUUUUCCGUGCCUCCAAGCCCCCCUCCUCCUUUCGCGCCUUCAUGACAGCAGUGGCAGCCGCGAUGACGACGGCCGGUGCUCCCAUGAUGCAGCGCUUACAGGCACUGAGCUACUGCAAGAGCGACAGUCGCAGCAACCGCAACAGGGGCAUCCUGUUUUUCAGCAGGAGGCCCUCCUGUCGGCACCAUCCCCACCGUCAUCUCCCGCAGCUGCUUCGUCGCCUUGGUGGCGUCCCCCGCCCCUGCUGGUCCCCGGAUCGCCCCCAUGCAGCGACGUAUGGGGCGCUGUUGCGUUCGAGGACACCGCAUGCGGCUCCUGUUCCUCAACAUCCUCCUGGUCUUGGCUGCAGGAGUCAGUGCCCAGCAUGGAUGGCGGCAGCUGCAGGAGCAGCAGCAGGAGCGGCAGGAGCAGCUGCUGUGGUGCCAGUGAUGCUGCUGCGGAGGGGGCGGAAGCAGGCGGCAUAGGUUGUGCUCGUGUGGACCCACCAAGGGAUGCAGUCGUGAGCGCGCGUGGCGGUGUGGCGUUGGCUGAUUCCAGCUGGUGUUGCUGAUACCAGGUCAGAGGGGUGGGUAUGGGUCAAACAAAGCCCAUGCACUCGUCUAGCCGGGUGAAACGUUCUUUCCUGGGUUCCGCCCAGGGUGACAUCCAGGGUCUUCAACCCCUUCAUGGUCGGGGCACCGCCCUGAGCAUUCCGGCUGCAAGCGCCAGCCUGCGAAAGUUGUCAUGCGGGUGCUGCUUGUGCGGGUGCGCUGUUGGUGACAUUUCGGUUCAACUCAAUGCCAAUAAGUGGGUCCCGGUGGUAUGCGGUGUACCCGUGCACCGCGCUCCAUGCACAGUAGGGGUGCAUGUAGGGGAUGUGUUGUUCGGUUUUGAAGGCAGAGAGCAGCCAUGGUGGCAACAACACUGAUGAUGCUGCAUUGGGGGCUGGUGGCUGAAACCGCAGCAGCCCUCUUCAGCUACGUCGAGCGUUUCUUAAACAGGGGUUGCGCGUGUGCGUUCAGCGCCGUUUGGGUGGAGUUGUGCAGUACGGAAUGCGCGGCAGUCAGGCUUGGCUGAUGGAUGCAGAGGGACCGAGGACUUGUAGGCUGGCGACGACAGGUGGCAUGCAACCGGUGCGUGUCCAGUCAAAACAUGGUUGUACUGCCAUGCAAUUGGACGGCGUGUUGGAUUCUUCUUGUCCUGCCGUUGUCGACAUUCAGGAGGCGACAUCACCUCGAGCAAAGGGCGUUGCGAGUUGGCAUUGGCAACCAACGCUGCAGAGGAAGAGGAAGAGUCGCGAAAGACGCGGUACGCACUCGGCUGUCGCGCGGUCAAGCUAGAUCACCAACAGCUGUCGUGUUUCGUACAUGGGAACACUGGGAAGGGGUACUAGGGUGCCUCGGUAUUAGGGUUGUGGGACAUACACGCGCAUGUAUUAGGGGCAAACGAAGGCCACUCAGCGGAAGUCUCGUCCUUCUUUGCAUGAUGUGUUGUUUAACCGAGCUAGCAGUAAUAUUGCAGUUGCAAUGUGUGUGCUGUGCAUUGCUGCUAUGUGGUGCGUGUGUAUUGGUGUGUGAAAAACUGGCGGAUAUGAGAAGGCUGACCGUGUGGGGGCAC